AUGGGAGCCUGCUGUAGCUGCUUAUCGUCAUCCAGCAGCGACGGGAAGUAUCCGCCGCUUCUCUUGGCGGAGAAUGAGCGCGAGGCCAUCUCGGCGCUCUUGCAAUACUUGGAGAAUCGCUCAGACGUUGACUUUUUUAGCAACGGUCCAUUGAGGUCAUUGCUGACGCUCGUUUAUUCAGAAAACAUCGACUUGCAACGUAGUGCGGCAUUGGCUUUUGCAGAAAUUACUGAAAAGGACGUUCGUGAGGUUAACCGCGACGUCUUGGAGCCUAUUUUGAUUCUUUUACAGUCUAAUGACACCGAGGUGCAAAGAGCAGCAUGUGGAGCAUUAGGCAAUUUGGCCGUCAACAAUGAGAACAAAGUGUUGAUUGCCGAGAUGGGCGGAAUUGAGCCCCUCAUUCGCCAGAUGAUGUCUCCGAAUAUCGAGGUGCAAUGCAACGCCGUCGGCUGUAUCACCAACUUGGCUACCCAGGACGAGAACAAGACGAAAAUCGCAAAGAGUGGUGCAUUGAUUCCUUUGACAAAAUUGGCAAAGUCCAAGGAUAUCCGUGUGCAGAGAAAUGCAACAGGUGCCUUGUUAAACAUGACUCAUUCGUUCGAAAACAGACAGGAGUUGGUCAAUGCCGGUGCCGUGCCCGUUUUGGUGUCGUUAUUGUCCAGCGAAGAUGCCGACGUUCAGUACUACUGUACCACCGCUUUGUCAAAUAUCGCCGUGGACGAACAGAACAGAAAGAAGUUAGCUGCAACAGAACCUAAGUUGGUCAGCCAAUUGGUCGGCUUGAUGGACUCACCAUCGCCCAGAGUCCAGUGCCAGGCCACACUUGCCUUGAGAAACUUGGCUUCCGACUCCGGCUACCAGGUUGAUAUCGUCAGAGCUGGCGGUCUACCCCACUUGGUCCAACUCUUGACUUGCAACCACCAGCCUCUUGUUUUAGCUGCCGUGGCCUGUAUCAGGAACAUCUCUAUCCAUCCGUUGAAUGAAGCAUUAAUAAUUGAGGCCGGCUUCUUGAAACCAUUGGUGACUUUGUUGGACUACAAUGAGCUGGAGGAAAUUCAAUGCCAUGCCAUUUCCACGUUGAGAAAUCUCGCCGCAUCAAGUGAACGUAACAGGCUAGCAUUAUUGAACGCAGGAGCCGUCGAAAAAUGCAAGGAGUUGGUAUUGAAGGUACCAUUGUCUGUGCAGCUGGAAAUCUCCGCUUGCUUCGCCAUCUUGGCCUUGGCCGAUGACUUGAAACCAAAAUUGUACGAAAGCCAUAUCAUUGAUGUGUUGAUUCCAUUGACUUUCAGCGAUAAUGGUGAGGUUUGUGGUAACUCUGCUGCUGCCUUGGCUAAUUUGUGUUCACGUGUCUCUAACGAGCAUGAGGAUUAUAUUCUUGACAAUUGGACGCAACCGAACGAAGGUAUUUAUGGCUUCUUGAUCAGAUUCUUACGUAGUGGAAGCGCCACCUUUGAGCAUAUUGCAUUGUGGACCAUCUUGCAAUUGUUGGAGUCUAACAACAGCGAGAUCCAAUCGUUGAUCAAAGAGAACGAGUCUAUUUUAUCUGGUAUAAAGAGCUUGAGUGAAUCCCAGCAGCAAGGAGGUGCCGUGACUAAUAACAAUGAGCUGAAUGACUUCGAUGAUCCAAAGAUUGAGUUGUUUAACUUGACACAGCAAAUAUUGCAAAUUUUGGGUUAA